UGUAAACUACUACUACUACUGUCUACUGUACCUGAUUGAACUAGAGUUGGUGUUUCUUUGGAGGAUUCGCUCUGCCGUGAUAAGGAUUUAUCGAUCUCAAGACCAUUCAGGAAAUACCCUCAACCAUCUCUACUAUAUCCCUCCAGGAGGCCAGCAUGCCCCAGACUCCGCCCCUCUCUGGCCUGCAGGGGGCUGGUCGGGUCAAACGGUCCCAGACCACAGGGGACCAAGACUACCCAAGCCACUGUUACCAUACCAACCAGCAGGACCACCCCAGCCUCUGUUACCAUGAUACUCAGCUGGUGUCCGGGUCGCUAGAUGCCCUCAUCCAGCGACUGGUCCCAACGCUCGAUUACUACCCUGACAGGACGUACAUCUUCACCUUCCUACUCAGCUCCCGGCUCUUCGUCCCUCCCGACCAGCUCAUGGUCACCGUCUGCCGGCUGGCUUUGGAGCCGCGACACGAUGACUCCCAGGUUGACCAGGUACAAAACCCCCCUGCUAUCAGGGCCCCAACCGGCCUUUGCGGAAUUACUUUGGCUUUCCAUGUUAUAAGAUUACAGUCAGGUUAG